CUUCGCCAAUUGGAAUUGACGUUUGCUUUGUAGUCAGGCAGACAUAACAUAGUUGUCCAAUCAUAAAAAAAAAUCUAAGAGGGGAUUUUUGCUGUAUCUUUGGCUCAGAGGCCCCGGGGUGCUUUUGCCACCGCCGUGUGAGUAAACCAUGUCGGAGGACAGGUUGAAGGCAGACCCCUCCAAGCGGGAUGGGCUGGACUCAGGAGAGGGCGACACGGAGCCCAGCCUGCUGCUGCUUAAACUAAAGAGCAACAUCUCGAAGAAUGUACAGGGCAAAGUGGACGUCAUCCUGCAAGAUGUGCAGCGCUUCUCUGACAACGACAAGCUCUACCUAUACCUCCAGCUGCCUUCCGGCCCUAGUUCAAGCGAGAAAAGUCUGGCAUUGGCCCCACUGGCACAACUUAGGCGGUGGUGUAUUUCCGCAUCGAUGUCAGCUUUGGAGGACAGAGCGCUACCAAGCAGUGACCCCAGCUCCUUCAACACAGCCGACCAGCUGCACACCUGCAACUGGAUCCGCAGCCAUCUGGAGGAGCAUGCAGACACAUGCCUGCCCAAGCAAGACGUCUACGAGACGUACAAGAGAUACUGUGAUAACCUGCAGCAACGGCCUCUAAGUGCUGCCAACUUUGGGAAGAUCAUCCGUGACAUCUUCCCCAACAUCAAAGCCCGGAGGCUCGGCGGCAGGGGACAGUCCAAGUAUUGUUAUAGUGGAAUACGCAGGAAGACGGUGCUAAACAUGCCAUUGUUGCCAAACCUCGAUCUGAAAAACGACCCGUCGGAGCUGACGGAGCUGGUUCAGACCUACAAGCAGGAAGUGACGGAGGCGGCUUGUGAGCUCAUCUGUGACUGGGCCCAGAAGAUCCUCAAGCGCUCCUUCGACACGGUGGUGGAGAUCGCACGUUUCCUUGUGCAGGAGCACAUCGUGAACCCGCGCUGCAGCCAGGCCGAGCUGGUCACUUCCGCAGCCAUGGCAGGAGGUCCUGCGAAGACCCCCAAGGCGAUCAAGAAGAACCCAGUGCCGUCGAAAGGAGGUGGGCCAGAGUCAGAGGGGAUCAGCGCGGAAGUUAAGAGGGAUAAGGAAGUCGGGGAUCAGUCAUCGCCGGGGAAACCGCAGUCCAGUGACAAGCCAACCAAAGGGGCGGAGUCAGUGCGCCCGGGCGGUCGCGACCUGCAGGUGGAGGCUCUGAUGAAGAACUUGCCCCGGAUCCUGCCUCGCAGCUCCGUCCCCGACAAGUCCCAGCUGUCAGUGCGCUCCUCGCCCCCCUCGCUGGCGCCCAAAGACACAGGAGGAGUUAAGGUCAUCACCAUGACCGCCCUGCCCCAGCAGCAAGGGGGCCCUCUCCCCGUCAUGAUCCUCCCGCACAGCCUCUCCUACCCCGACCGAGAGAAAGCCCCGCCAGUCACCAUGGCACCGGUAGCACAGACGUCUGUGGUGCAGAGGGCCCGCGCCACGACCAAAAGACCCCCAGAGUCUCCUGGGGCCCCUGGUCCAGGAGGUACCCCGGCCAAACGGAAACGGGGACGGCCAAGGAAGCCACGGCCGGAGGACAGCGCCGCUCCCCAGCCUCCACCUCUGCCCUCAGUCAGCCAAGCCCCCAUCAUCCAGUCGCACCCCGGGGGGGUGAUCCAGAAAGCCUGCUCCUCCUCUCAGGUGGUGGAGGUGCUGUUCCAGGACCAGCAGGCCAUGGUACUGGGUCAGCUGCAUCAGGUAGCAGACACUGGUGACCCGGAGCAGCGGGGCGUGGUACUGGAGACCGACCCGAGGCCCGUGCUGCUGUUCCCGGGGCCCGGCCACCCAAACUGGGACCCGAGCAGGGCCUUGGUGGAGGUCAUCCAGAGGACCCCGAUGGCGGGCACCAAGAACAACAACAGCUCCCAGUCUCACCCCCAGCACUGCCUGACCACGACGCUGGAGGAUCAAAGGGAGGUGGAGAUCACCCUCACCCCCAUGGAGCUUUCAGACGUUCUGCCCAUCCCCGCCUUCCAGGGUAGCACGGAGGGCUGCCCGGCGCCUGACGACAGCUCUGCGGCUGAGAGACCCUAGCCCUCCCAGUACCCAACCUCACCCUCCCCUUUUCCCAGGGGAGCACUAAAGGGUGAGGGUUACUACCCCCAAUCCCUCGUUCAUCUUCCCCCAGGUAGUAGAGGUUAUCCGUGCCACCCAGUGUCAGCGAUUGGCGGAAAUCCGAGAUUGGCAACACUAAGAGCCAAGAAGGAUGGAUGAAGCCAAACCACUACUAACCCCUGUUAACCUUCCAUCAGCCAUUGCACUUGACAAUGUAUAAAGGGCCGUUUUUUUGUUGUUGCUGUGACUCUAACUGCAUGUUUGUCUGUGUAACUGUGAGCGAAGAGAGAUGAAGGCGGUUCUGUACUCCUGAGAUCACAUCUCUUGUUGUUGGGAAGAUGACGAGGGGGUAUUUUACGGGUUCGGACCUAACCAGGUUCUAAGUGCUACUCUCCUUGAGAGUGCUACUCUCCCCUCGAUCAGUAGUUUUUUCUAUCUUUGGUUGUGUUCUGUUGAUGUUUGUAGUUGUGCUUUCAAACAGGCUUCCAGAGCAAGAGAUAAGGCCUGACUCCAUGCUGGUGGAGCAGCAUUUAAAGUAUAAACCUUCAAACUGGGACACGAUUUAAGCUGCAGUGAGACACAAGAAUUUACCUGGGUGUGAUGGAAAUAUUACAGUACUUCCUGAUGGCAACUUGGCUUACAUAAAGCAGUGUAAACAACAUAUAGACAGACUACGAUGACAAACAGUAGUUCAUUAUGCCUUUGUAGUUUAGAACUUCCCCUCAACUCAGGCAAAAGCAUCAAAGCACAAACCUGCCAGCCUGGUGAGGAAUCGAAAAUGCAGCAGCGCGGAAUAUUAGCACUCAUAUAGUCAAUGAAUUAGUCUGAUGCUAUGCUAAUGCAAAUGUGGUGUGGCCAAGCCAGUAAUGUGCGCUGUACCUUAUACACUCUAGGACUAAGAUAUCAUUUUCAAACUGUCGGGGCAGAGUCAACAGGCGACCCACUGACAAAUGUUUUGCCUCAGUCUUUCUCCAGGGCAGGUUUACCUCUUCCUGAAGUGCCAUUGCUACUGAAGGACCGUGUUCCAACUAGGCAUUUGACUUAGCCUUCUAGGCUACUAAAUCAGUUCAGAUAUUGCCUCUGUUCAACACGCCUAGUCUUCCGGUUCGGUGAGAAACAUGAAGCGGCACUCCAGGACCAGGGUUGCCUACCUUGGCCUGUGUACAUUGUUGGUGCUACUAUGAGGUACAUUGCAUUACAUCACGGGUGUCAAACCAGUUCCAUGGAGGGCCCAGCUUAUCCUGGUUUUUGGUGUUUCCUUUUAAUUGGUACCUGAUGAUGACCAAGACAACCAGGUGAACGGAGAUCCUAACUAAUUAGUGACCUAAUUGAUGAAGGAAAAUGUGAAAACUGGAAGAACCUCUGCGGAACCUGUUUGACACCAGUGCAUUACAUAAUAGUUCAUGAUAAUGUAAGAUACUGAUACGCGUUUAUCAAACCCAGCAUAUCAUCCAAAGUAUGAUCAACCUUAUAAAGGUUGGUUAUGUUUUUUUUAUGUAUAUACUUUCCUUCCGUCCUUUGACAAUAGAUUUAAAAUUGAUCUCAGCCCUAUUCAAAAGAAAUUGGAGCAGAUGACAAUAUUUGCACUGAUAUGAAGGAAGCAAAAAGGGAAGAGGCCAUCAUUUCUAAUAACGUUGUUAAACUAUGUUAAAAUAAUGAUUAAAAACAGUUUGCCUACUUUUGGAACAACCCAUGUUGACUUCCUUUUUAGAGCAGGUCAGGUUUUACAGAAUUCAGAAGGACAAUGGAAUUCGAUGUUAAUACUAGCCUAUGACAUGUUAAUAUUCUUCUGAAAACGAUUGGCUUUAGAAGAGACAAACUGUGAAUUCAUGAUCCAUUUGUUGCUGUAAGGGUGAGGACUUAAGAAUGUCCUUAUGUCCACAAUAGAUGUUUCUUUCCAGCAAGUAUGCUGUACAGGGGUGGCCAAAAUUCUUGGAUUAUUAAUGGGUGAGAGGGUUUUUUUGCCCAGCCAUUUUCUUUCACAGCUAUUUUUUUCUACGGAUCAGCUAGUCGUAUUGGACUUCAGCUAAAUCACAUGUUUGUUCCACAGCUGGAACGAAAUCCUGCAAACAUUUUUGCUCCCUGUGAGGAAGUUUGGCUGCCCCUAAUGUAGCGUACUCUAUUGAUCUGUUAACGGUGUAAGUGAAUGCGCAUAAUUAUAGAGACUCAGCUUAUCAUUAUUAAUGAAAUUAGACUAUGAGCUAGCAAUGAUCUCAGAGUCCUAUAAAUCAAUUGACAGAUCAGUUUAAUAUCAACAAGAGCUGGGUUUGAAUGAAAACUGCAGAGAAAAUGUUGAGCGGACUCACAUGGGUAACCUCUUCCCUGAGUGCAUGUCCUUUUAUGUGCAGUGACGUGAGUUUAGCAGUAAGUGAAUGAAUGAGUGGGAGAACUUUCACUGUGGAGCCUGUGCUCAAAAGAAACGGGUCAAAGAAUCAAAGAUAAGGAUCGGGAUCCGGGUAGCAGUGCCUUGACCUUCACUGGCGGUCAAGCCACAUCCUGACCGACCACGGUCAAGCACUGCAGUUGCUCUGUUGAUGAUGGUAACCCUCUAAACUAGCCCGGCUAGCUAUUUAGUGGUUAUGUAGCUUCAUGGCUUUGCUUUGUGGUUAGUUUGUUUGAAGAUUGCGAAUGAGUCAUUUUGCUAUUGGUUUUUAUUUUAUCUAUGAGAAUCUUAUUUAUCAUUUGUGUUGUUGUUCAUUUGAAGUGCAGUUUUAACCUGAAUGUCUUUAAUGUUAAAGACACUAACAGAAAAAAAAAUCAAUCCAUGCAUGGUUUUAUGUGACAGUGAUUAUUUUAUUCUAAGAUUCAAUAAUAAUACAAAACAAAACUGUUACUCUUGUAGUUUAGAAGUAAUAUCUUAAAACAAAGUGUAUUGACUAGGGGUUUAAAAAUGGGGAUGUAUUAUCUUAACCAUCAUAAUCCCUCAGGUUUUGCACUUUAUUCCUGAAAAUUAAAUUAUUUAUAAUUGGUCUGCACAAAAUAAUCCUAAUUUGGUAAGAGUAUUGCACCUUAUAUGUUAGUCAUUUUAUACAUAUGUGCAACUCUGAAUGCCCUUGUUUGAAAUUGUUUACAAGCAGUUUUUUGUAAAUCAUUGUCUUAGAGGUUUGUGACAUUUACAUCUAUGCUUCCUUUAAAAACAGAGCUAAAUAAAAUGAUGCCAACAACUAAUGUGAAUAUAUUUUCCUAUGCUGACUAAUAAAUGUUGUUAAAGGUAACUGGA